AUGAAGCAUUGGCCCUUCAAGGUGAUCAAUGCCGAGGGCGGUAAGCCAAAGGUACAGGUAGAAUAUAAAGGAGAGACGAAGACGUUCACACCCGAGGAGAUCUCAUCGAUGGUACUGACCAAGAUGAAGGAAACCGCAGAGGCGUUCUUGGGCAACCCAGUCAAGGAUGCGGUGGUGACCGUGCCGGCCUACUUCAACGACUCGCAGCGUCAAGCCACCAAGGAUUCAGGAGCGAUUGCCGGUCUGAAUGUGCUACGUAUCAUCAACGAACCCACUGCUGCGGCUAUCGCAUACGGAUUGGACAAGAAGGGAUCUGGUGAACGUAAUGUGUUGAUCUUCGACUUGGGCGGUGGUACGUUCGAUGUGUCAAUUCUGACGAUCGAAGACGGUAUUUUUGAAGUGAAGUCGACAGCCGGCGACACCCACUUGGGCGGUGAGGACUUUGACAACCGAUUGGUGAACCACUUCGUGGCCGAGUUCAAGCGCAAGCACAAG